CUAAACACUCCUCGGCCGCGCUGGAUGGAUUGGGGUGAUGUCAGCGCAUGGAACGCGGUGUGCAUGUUUCCCAUCUUAAUUGUCGCCUUCACGUCGCCUCGGCGAGAGGAGCGAGCCUGCUGAUGACCCUUCCAUUCUGCCUCCUCACCUCCUCCUCCAUCCGCCGGCGCGUCUCUCACAUGUCAGGCAAAGGUGACUUUCAGGCAGUUUCUCCCCCCCCUGCCCCCCACACACACACUUCUGCGCGCCAUGCAGGCGGAGAGGCGUAAAGAUGUGCGAGGUGGCCGUGCGGACCGCCCAGGCUUUGCGUGAGGAGGACGCACGCGAGCUGUCAGGUAUAGUCAAGUCGUCAUUUCAAGGGAGCCCAAAAAUGUGCCAUUUAUUUUAUUAAGAGCGACUAUCACCGUCCUCGGAAGCGGCAAAGCGAGUGUGUCAUGUGUUGCAGGCUUUCAGGGAUCGCUCGCAAGGAGAUCAGAAGCACCACGCGGUGCUGCUCAGUUUGCCCUACAAAUCUAGAUUUGGUCAAUUUUUGCUCCAUGACAUAAUGGACAGGUUGCAUUCGUCCAUGCGUAAACGGCUCUACAGUUUGCCUCAGCACAUUGGACACAAAACGUCCAUCAUGGGCGAAGGAGAAGACGCGGACAAGGACACGCGCAGGAAGAGCAUUCGGAUGAAGCCGCUGCCGUCACCCACCUCCGUGGGAAGCUGCAGAGGUACCGGGGAGACCAAAAGCGGCGAGUCGCUCAUCAUGGAGACCGACAUCGGGAGACCGUUGAAGACCAGCUCCAACGGAGACUGCCGGAGGUUCCGUGGCAGCCUCUCGUCCAUCACCAGCCGCCAUGUGCACGACUCGGACUCGGCGGAGGAGAGGCGACUCAUCACUGAGGGGGACGUCACCCCGAGCGAGGAGAGCCCCCCGGGAGCGAUCGGUGAGAGCGCCCCGGAGCAAGGCGCGCAAGAGGCCGGCGGAGGUGGCGCGUCCGCCGGCAACGGCGAGAGCGCACCUCCGAGCGAGUCCCAAGCGGACGCCCAGUCCGGGUUCAUAAAGUUGGAUGGAAUUGAACAGAUCUUGCCCGACGACGAGCGCUUGUACCAGGCCGGCUUCAUGCACCGUCAGUUCGGGGCUAUGCUCCAACCGGGGGUCAACAAGUUCUCCCUGAGGAUGUUUGGAAGCGAGAAGGCGGUGGAGCGGGAACAGGAGCGGGUUAAAUCUGCCGGAUUUUGGAUUAUUCACCCCUACAGUGAUUUCAGGUUUUACUGGGAUUUGACCAUGCUGCUGUUAAUGGUGGGAAACCUCAUCAUCAUCCCCGUAGGCAUCACUUUCUUCAAGGACGAGCACACGCCCCCCUGGAUCGUCUUUAACGUAGUAUCGGACACCUUCUUCCUCUUGGACCUUGUGCUGAACUUCCGGACGGGCAUCGUCAAGGAGGACAACACGGAGAUCAUCCUGGACCCCCAGCAGAUCAAAAUCAAGUACCUUCGCAGCUGGUUCGUGGUGGACUUCAUCUCCUCCAUCCCAGUGGACUACAUCUUCCUCAUCGUAGAGACGCGCAUUGACUCCGACUUCUACAAGACUGCCCGCGCCUUGCGGAUCGUCCGCUUCACCAAGAUCCUCAGCUUGCUUCGCCUCCUGCGCCUCUCCAGACUCAUUCGCUAUAUCCAUCAAUGGGAAGAGAUCUUCCACAUGACCUACGACCUGGCCAGCGCCAUGGUACGGAUCGUCAACCUUAUUGGUAUGAUGCUGCUUCUUUGCCACUGGGACGGCUGCCUGCAGUUCCUGGUGCCCAUGCUGCAGGACUUCCCCGCCGACUGCUGGGUGUCCAAAAAUAAGAUGGUGAACGACACGUGGGGACAGCAGUACUCCUACGCGCUGUUUAAAGCCAUGAGCCACAUGCUGUGCAUCGGCUAUGGCAUGUACCCCCCGGUGGGCAUGACCGACGUAUGGCUGACCAUCCUGAGCAUGAUCGUGGGCGCCACAUGCUACGCCAUGUUCGUGGGCCACGCCACCGCCCUCAUCCAGUCGCUGGAUUCGUCACGGCGACAGUACCAGGAGAAGUACAAGCAAGUGGAGCAGUACAUGUCCUUCCACAAGCUGCCGGCAGACAUGAGGCAGAGAAUCCACGACUACUACGAGCACCGCUACCAGGGCAAGAUGUUCGACGAGGAGAGCAUCCUGGGGGAGCUGAACGAGCCUCUCCGCGAGGAAAUCAUCAACUUUAACUGUCGGAAACUGGUGGCCUCCAUGCCGCUGUUUGCCAAUGCCGACCCCAACUUUGUCACCUCCAUGCUCACCAAGCUGAAAUUCGAAGUGUUCCAGCCCGGGGACUACAUCAUUCGAGAGGGCACCAUUGGCAAAAAGAUGUACUUCAUCCAGCACGGCGUGGUCAGCGUGCUAACCAAAGGCAGCAAGGAGACCAAGCUGUCAGACGGCUCCUACUUUGGUGAGAUUUGUUUGUUGACUCGCGGCAGACGUACGGCCAGCGUGCGAGCCGACACGUACUGUCGUCUCUACUCGCUGUCGGUGGACAACUUCAAUGAGGUCCUGGAGGAGUAUCCCAUGAUGCGACGGGCCUUUGAGACAGUUGCCUUAGACAGACUGGACAGGAUUGGCAAGAAAAAUUCCAUCCUGCAGCAUAAGGUGCAGCAUGACCUCAGCUCGGGUGUCCUCAACUACCAGGAGAAUGAAAUCAUCCAACAAAUUGUGCAGCACGACAGGGACAUGGCCCACUGUGCCCACCUCCUGCAGAACGCCCCUCCCCAGACACCACCUUCGCCCACACCUGUCAUCUGGGCCCCACUAAUCCAGGCGCCUCUCCAGGCGGCCGCCGCCACCACCUCGGUCGCAAUCGCUCUCACACACCAUCCCCACCUUCCACCAACUCUUUUCAGGCCUCCGAUUUCAGUGCUGGGGUCCCUGAAGGAUCCCCCCAGUCGACAAAAGAAGUUUCACACUUUUGGGCCAUCUUCGCCAGCUCCUGGGUCUGCUGGGGAUUCUCCCGUCAGCACACCUUCGAAACGGCGCACCGGUGUGGACAUGUCCUUCCUGGACUCUUUUCAGGCUCAGCAUGUAGAAACAGGUUCAGGGGCAACUAGUUCAAGCCAACAAGGUUCAGGUAAUGGAGGCCACCGUGGACUGAAUGAGAACAAGUCAGGGUUUAAUGUGAGCGGCUCCUCUGCGCUUCCUCGCAAACCGUACUCAUCAUCCGGUUCGCCCUCAUCGAGUUUGGCCCAGCUACACUCACAACCACAGCAUCAGCAGCCUUUUCGCUCCAGCACCCCGCCUUUAUCCAAUUUGUUCCGCCAAACAUCGACGGGUGGAAGCACAGGGUCGGGAAUAAGCGGAAGUGCAGUCGGCGCCUGCGGCGGUGCAGGAGACUGGCCUGUGAGUGGAGAAGUCGGAGGGUCUUUGGAAGGGGCGAGCGGAGGUGAUGGUGGAUGGGCCAGUGAGGAUUUUACAGCCACAAUGACGGAAGCGAGUACGCUGAAAUUCUUCAGAUUGGGAGCAGCUCCCGGUGGAUCAGUGGGGGGUAUCUCAGGGGAAUCACCAGGAGGGGUUUCUGAAGGAUCAACAGGUGGUGCUUGUGGCAGAACAGCAGCCGGGGUCUCAGGCGCUGUUACCUGUGUGUCAGUAGCAGAUCCAGCCAGAAGAUCUUUGGGAGGGGUCUCGCUUGCAUCACGAGGAAGGGCUUCUGGCGGUUCAUUCGAAGGGACCUCUUUAGAAUCAAUGUUAUCAACCACCACUGGGGGAUCAUUAGGGAGGGCUUCAGUUGGGACAGCGGGAGAGACCUCUGGAGAUUUACUGGUCUCCACAACUGCCGCAGGAUCAUCAGGGAGGACUUCCCGUGGCUCAGUAGGUGGGACUUAUGAAAAAUUAAGUGUAGCAGUGACGAAUAGCGGGUCACUGGGGCGACCCUCUUUAGGAUCAAAGGUUUCUGGAGGAGCGAACGGAGGAGUAGCUGUGGGUUCCCUUAUUGGCAUUUCGAGUGACUGUUUAAUAUCAACUCUUGGAGGAGGAUCUCUGGGAAGGGCUUCCAGUGGAGCUGCAGCGAGCUACAUCGAGGUAGGUCCAAGUGGGACAGGGGGAGGGGGGAUUGCCGCACAUAACAGCAGGACAACAGAGGGCGCAGUAGGGGGCCAUGCAGUAACUGGUCCUUCAGGGGGGGCUUCUGGUGGCACCACAGAGGGACUUAUUUCUUCUACACGUUGUCAGAGCCCAAUAUCUACUGGCUCUUCCAGCUCCAUACCAGGACAGCUUCUCUACAAUCAGCCACCCCCCAAGCCUCCUCACGUGACCCCCUUGCCACAAUUUGCUGGAGGGGGCAGGACUACAAGUGGCUUGAACCUCCUCCACUCCCCACCGCACGGCUUGUCAUCUUCAAGCAAAGGGGAUAAUGGCCAGCAGCCCAGCGAGGGUUCACCAUCACCACUUGGGCAGUUUAGCCUGGCAGGUCUCCAGUCCGGAUAUCUUCCACACCAGUUGUCUUUGGAGAGGUCUGCCUUGGCUUCUCUGGCCCAGUACGGUUCAGCCAAUGUCUCGCCAUGCCUUACUCCGUUGGCACCGAGCCCAACUAUUCAAAGCCCGGUGACGAGCAGGACUUUCCACUUCAGCGACACAUCCAGUGCCACAGGAUCCCACAGUUCCCUGCUCAUGCCUCAGUCCUCUCUUCCUUCACAUCCGUCGGUCCAGACACACACCGCAGGAAGAGAUAUACAGCCCGGUCGUUUUUCUGACGAUCUAAAGCUGCUAUCUAGCUCGCAUUCAUCUCUUCCCCAGGAGGUGGUCCAGGCCUUAGGGUACCAAACUGCUUGCUCCUCUGUGGAAACCGGUUAUUACCCCUCACCUUUCUCCUCACCCACUCUCAAAUCCAAAACCUGUAGCUCGGUUCCCGGUCAUUUGACUCCUCCAAUUCAGCUUUCUCCGGGCCACCCCCAUCAAACUCACUCUGUCGUAGCCUCGCCAUCCCCGUCGCUCCGGAGGGGCUCCUCUGCCUACUCGUCAGAUCUCGAAACUCAAGCAGUCCGCUCAAAGCUUCCUUCCAAUUUGUGAGGAUUGAUCACACCCUCCUGUGCUCCUCCAGACUGAAACAUAUACAAACGUGAUCUCACUUGGGGUUGCUUUCAUUUUCUUUGAUCAGAUGUCACUGUGUUCCGCUUUUUAUUUUACCUUAAACUCGCUGUGACUUAAUAGACACUUUACCAGGUAACAAUCUUUUAUGCUUGGUCCUAUUCUUAUUUACGUCAUGUAUAUAGAUAGAGGUAUAUUUAAGUAACAUGUUAAUCGAGGAGGGUGUGAAAAUGAACUCUAUUUAAAGGACUGUCAUUUCUUGACAGGAGAGGGCAGUUCAAUACUCAAAUAUUCAUUUUGUCUGCAGGCACCUAUGCACUAACACCUGCAUCCAAGGCUUUUUGUGUGUCUCAACAAAAGUGACCUACAUUUUUUUUUUUUGCUAAAAUACAUGUCAUAUGGGGUCGCAUAUUGUUGAUUCUCAAAUGUAUAGACUGUGCUUAUUUAUCAUGUGUAACUGUGUAUACCUUUUGAAACCUUAUGACAGACACACAAAAAAAAUGUGGAAACCAAAAAAGACUUCCAGUAAGGUAAAUCCUUCCAACCCCUUAUUUUAUAUAACUCUAUUGUAAUAUUAUUAUUAAUAAUAAUAAUAAUGUAUUUGAAUGCAGGGCGAAGAGGGGCGCAAGUGAGCUGGCCUCCAUUUCACUGUGGAGAUUACUGCAGCAUGUGUGUCCCAACAAACUCACUUUGUCUUCCAAAAUCAUGCCGCUAAACCCUUUUCCAACGCCCGUGUCAUUUCGUUCGUCCCGAAUGUGUGUGGCUGCUGCGUAAGUGUGCGACUCAGCCGAACAGUUCGAUGCAAGGCAAGACUUUGCGUUUUUUCCAUUUGUUUUCCACGUUAAAAAAACUCAGACUUUCAUGGAGCACGGGUUGUCUGUGUUGAUUCUCAGCCAUCCAAGUCAUUAGUGUGACACAGAAGCUGCGGUUCAUCCUCUAAAUUUGAAGUGAAAGCAACCAGAGCAUCUGCCUCUGAUUCAACUUCAGUGGGUAAACCACAGCUUGCGUGUGGUCGUUGAGAAUGGAAAUGAACAACGUGAUAUGCUUAUUAUUUUGUCUUCUAUGGCUGCUAUCGGAUCAACAUGGGAACAUCUCUUUAAGAUGUUGAAUGUAUGGACAUUUCGCACCGGUAAAAAAAAAAUGGAAUUACUGUAGCACCAAAACAAGACUGUUCUGUCACUUAAAAAUGGCAGUCGGGUUCAAUAUAUUGGAGACGUUUUCAUCAGCAGCCGUUUCUGUUGCUAAAGUGGCCUUUGAAAAGACCUAUUGAGCAUUAUUACAUGCUUACGAUUAAAACUUGUUAAAAAGUAGCAUCUUCCCCAAUGCUAUCAUGCAAUACUUCAAGUGUAGCAGAACGCAUGUGUGUACUAAUGUUGGUACUGUUUAGACCGUUUGGGUGUAGGGAAGCAUAACACUAUUUUAAUUUUGUUUUGUUUUGUUUUGUUUUGUUUCAUGCUAAGGUUCUUUUGAGGCGCUACCCGGUGGAAUUGUACCCUAGAGCGGAUGUAGCGCAGCUUCACUAUAGCUUAGUAUUAUGUCGGUCUCUGAUAGGUACACUCCAUUUUCAUGCUCUAACGUCCAAUUCUUUACUGUCAAUCAAUUGUCAUGCCCUUUCUUCGACAGACUGUAGAAUACAGACAAUAGGCACUUUAUCCUCCGAACCAAUUUUUAAAAGGUAAGAGAUCCCACAAAAAAAGGAAUCAGCAUGUGUGUUCUUACUGCUUUUAUGUGUGUGAUGUACUCAGAAAGACCAAACACAGCACGCAUAUUGCAAUCAGAAACUUUUGACACAUUUCUUGAGCAGCUCGGGCGGGGGAGGGAAAAAAAUCACUCUUAACACACCCCACACCACAGCGUAAUCGCUGAUGAUGGUUUUCGAGAGACUUGCAAAGAUCAAGCCUUUGCGGACUUUGAUUGCGAGGGUUGGGGAAAAUGCUCAAAUCGGGUCAGAUUUUCAUUUUAUCCAAAAAUGAGUUGGAGGCAGACAAGGACAGGGGAUAUGUUUCAACUAGUUUGUCUGUAGCUCAUCACCGAUACGCAUACAUCCGGGCAGGUUCCUCUCCAACAGCUGAGGCCCCAUCAACUCAGUCGCAGCAGCCUAAUUUAACAAGACGUUUGCAAGGCUAACAUGGAGUCACUCACAGAAACACACACAAAUCGGCACUCUGUGGCAAUUUCCCUCUCAUUAAAGCUUCCCCACAAGUCGAUAUAAUGAGGUGCAGCACACACGCAGGACGUGACACUGCUGUUUACGUAUUUAGACGCAUGCAAAUCAAAUAGCAACAAGGAUGCUUCUUAAACACCCGUAAGAUUUUAUUUCCAAAGAGCAAGGGGUUAUUUCACAUGCAGAAAUUUGAUUGGACAUGUAAACACAUCCACAUCAAUGAAUCGAGUAACUUGCGGCGCUCCAAAAAUAAUUCAGGAAGUAUUUUGAUUUUCAGGUAGACAUUCGAUCAGAGGAAGGGACCCAAAUGCAAAACUUAAAACUAAUUAUCUUUGGUCUAAACAGAAACCAAUGUAAUAACUGCAAACAGCUCACAGUAACUUCUUCAAUAAAUGACUUAUUUUCGAAAAAAAGGCUAUAAACAUUUUACAAUCUAUGCCAUCUUUUUUUUUCUUUUUAGGAAAAGACAAAAUUAAUACUUUGCCCCUUUUUUUAAAAAUAAUUGAACAAUGCAGAUCGAUAAGUAUUGGAGGUUGUAGAGCUAAAAAUCGGAGUACUCAUACAUGUAUCGACACUGUCCCGAUAUAGAUGUUUGAUAUAAUAACACUUACUUCAUGAGAUCUGCGUUUCAAGAGAUUUCACAAAAUGUCAUUUCAUCUAGGCAUCUCAUGUUUGAAAAAAAAAGGAAAAAUUUUAAGAUCAUUUCCCUAUGUCGCAGAACUGAAGUCAAAAUUGUCCAAAGGCGUGAAUGUGAGCGUUAAGGUUUGUAUGUCCAGAUGUGUCAUGUGAUUGACUGGCAUCCAGUCCUUGGUGUACCCCACCUCUUUUGACGACAUAAGACCUGCAAUAUACGGCACAUGAGUGUUUUAAUAGAUUGUACAUGUUUGAAGUACUAAGUAGCCUUUUAUCGAGCAGCGAAUCAUUUUUGAUAACCAAAGUGGGCUUCUUAAACUUGGAACACUUCACUAUAGAAGAUGACCACUCAGCGAAGUUGUUGUUUUAUUUUUUUACUUGUAUUAUUGGAGGUUUUCUGUGAUUGGCUGGCGACCAGUCUAGGGCAUACCCUGCCUCUUGCCUAAGGUCAGCUGGGACACGCUCCAGCUCAAUCGUGUCCCUAAUGAGGAAAAGCAGUAUCAAAAAUGGAGAGACGAAAAUGUAACACCUUGAACAUUAUAUUUUUAGCAAUUUGCAUCGUAGUUAAUCGUUUGGUCUUUGAGGCAUUCAAAUCUUGAGGUAGAAUGAAGAUCGGAUAUUCUUGGUUCAGCUCUAUUUAACCUUCAAUUUUAUCUUUCGUGGGAGUUGAACGGGAACCCAGGCAACAUAUAAGAGCGCACCCAUUAACAAUCCAAACAUUCACAAAGCUCAAGUUACAACUCUCACAACCUUUCCACAGUUUUGGAGCUGUAUUCUACCUUCAAAAUGUAUCUUGAAUUGUAUAACUUCAAGGGUAUUGGAUAUUCUAUUAAAAAGUUAGACCAACACUUGUACAUCACUAUAUUCAAAAGCUUUCGUGCCAAGUUACUUUAUUCUCCUGGAAUUACAUCAUAUACCUUCCUCUUCUCGUGGCUCAAACUCCAAAAGUGAAAA